AUGUCACGUCUACUAACCCGCCUCCCACGCACCAUACCCCCCACUGCUCCCCUCCAACUCACCCUGGGCAGCAGCAGAAUUACUAUUACUAGAGGAAUAGUCACCGACCUCGAGACAGGCGGCACCCGCAAAGCCAAGCAAACCGCCGGCAAAGGCUUCGUCUCCGUUGGCGGGCAACAGGAUCGUGGCAUGCCUACCUCUGACAAGGGUGAUGAACCAAUGCCUCCGAAGUAUUCCACUUCUACCGGCCACACAAUCCUCCCGUCCCUCAAACAGUCAGUUCAACAAACAAUGGAACACCCUGAGGAAUGGGAGGGGAUUCACGCUGAACAUAUUUGCGCUGUGGAGGAAGCCAACAGUGCUAACGCUGAGAAGUGGGAAGCCAGUCGAGCAGGACGGGAUGCAGAAAGGGACGUGACUGAAGCAUGGGGCAGUGAGAUGGCCAGUGACUCUACGAGUACUAACGCGGGAAGAAGUUCUCGGACGAAGGGUAGUAGCAAACGAGCAGCAGCAGCGGAAGGUUCUUCUUCCAAAAAGCCAGCCCCCAAGAAAGAAGCCAGCAGCAGCACCACCACCAGCAGAAAAAAAUCUCAACCCAAGGAGACCUCUCCAAAGAAAAUGAGAGGCAAAGAAUCCACCACCGCCGGCGCCGAGUCCUCCACAAACAGUCCCGACUACGCUUCCCCCAUGGACGCGCACCACAGCCAACCCCUCCCGCACUCCACCAUGGACACAGCAACAGGCCAACAACCCAUCCCUCCAGCCCCCGACACCAACUUUUCCUCCUCCUCCUCCUCCUCCGCAGCAGGGGCAGCAGCAGGAGCAAAUACAAUAAGCGAGGACUCAAUCCCCCACUUGGCCCUGCACCCCAACCUCUCCCUCGGGACAACCCUUUCCUCCAUCUCCGGAAGCUUUACACUCGAACCACAGCCCCGUCCAGCUCCAACAGCCAUCAAACCGUUCGCUACAUCUUCGACUGCGUGGAUUUCUUGGACUUUUAUACAGUCUCCCCAGAGCAAUAUCAAUGUUCGUGGUGCGUCGAGAUUCGCUCGGUCGCAUUAUUCGACUUCUAGUUCUAGUUCGGCUUCGACUUCUACUUCGACUUCGCAGAAUAUCACAAUGGCUACGGGAUUAUCUGGACAGCAACAGCAACAGCAAAAGAAGAAGGAAAAGCCGAAAACGCAAGCGCAGUUGGAUGAGGAGGUGAGGAUGCGGAUGGAGGAGAAUGUGGCGGGGGAGGGGGGAGCGGCGGGGGUGGAGUAUGAGGAUGGGAAGGCGGUGGGUAUGAAGAGGGGGGUGAGGGAGAAUAUGUUUAGGUAUAUCUAG